CUCGUAGAGUCGUCAUCAGCUAGUUGCAAUAUACUACCUGAGACCGUUACAUCAAGCGGGUAUAGUCCGAAAAGACCGCUUCGAUAAAAUAUGUAUGUACCGGAUUUGGGACUGAAGGCAGCAAUACCGGUACAACUCAGGCCCUGAGACUUCCUUGCGCACCCACGGAAAUUCAGGUCCGACACACACGUCGGCAAGCGAGUGCCCUUCUGCAGCUAAUAGUAGAGAAAACUCCACACUUACACUGUGUUCGUCAAGCCAGGAAUACCACCUGGACUCAACUCUUACCGCCUUUUAUCCCCGCAGCGGGGUAACAUUGUGGUGGUCAUCACGCAGCUCGCUCGUCGCUACCACGCAUAUAACCCCUCGCGCAAGUUUUAGAAGUCUUGAGAUUCUCAAGUUGACCACCCGGAAGCAAGAGAAUCAAAAGGACCCAUCAACCUACCUCAACAAAGUCAAACCUAGAACCAUCCUGUUUAGCUGGCAAGAUGGCGGCGCCCCCCAUGCCCCUUGGGCUCAAAACCUCACUUGAAAACACCAAAUGCGAGUACCGACGGCUGGGAAACAGCGGGCUCCGCAUCUCGGUGCCCAUCUUUGGCUGUAUGAGCUUCGGCGACCCCAGGACGCUGGAUUGGGCCAUCGGCGAGGAGGAGGCGCUGCCCCUGCUGAAAGCAGCCUACGAUCGGGGCCUCAACACGUGGGACACGGCCAACCAGUACUCGAACGGCGCUUCGGAAAUCAUCGUCGGCAAGGCCCUCAAGAAGUACAACAUCCCGCGCGAAAAGGUCGUCAUCAUGACUAAGUGCUAUUUCCCCGUCGGCGAGGAGCCCGAGCUGCGCGCCUUUUUCUUCAUGAACCAGCUCAAGGAGUCCAAGGACUACGUCAACCACCUGGGCCUGUCGCGCGCCGCCAUCUUCCACCAGGUCGACGCCUCGCUCCGGCGCCUCGGCACUGACUACAUCGACGUGCUGCAGAUUCACCGCUUCGACCGGGACACGCCUGUCGAGGAGACCAUGGGGGCGCUGCACGACCUCGUGCAGUCCGGGAAAGUGCGCUACCUCGGCGCCAGCAGCAUGUGGGCGACGCAGUUUGCCCGCAUGCAGUUCUGCGCCGAGCGCAACGGCUGGACAAAGUUUGUCAGCAUGCAGAACCACUACAACCUGCUGUACCGCGAGGAGGAGCGCGAAAUGAACCGGUUCUGUAACGACACGGGCGUCGGCUUGAUCCCGUGGGCGCCGCUCUGCAGGGGACAUCUGGCUCGCCGCCCGGAGCAGUUCGGCACGACCAAACGGAGUAAGGGGGAGAAGGACAACCAGCCCGGAACGCACGGGACGGUCGAACCUGACUUGACCAUCAUCAAGCGGGCUGUGGAGAUUGCGGAUAAGCAUGAGUGGCCGAUCUCUCAUGUGGCUCUGGCCUGGAUCAACAAGCGCGUCACCAGUCCCAUUAUUGGGUUUAGCAGCGUCGAGAGACUGGAGGAAGCUAUCUCGGCGAAGGGGAAAGUGUUGACGGAGGACGAGGAGAAGUACCUCGAAGAAUUGUACCAGCCCAAGCCAAUCUGGGGCCAUUCUUAGCAGUAGGUACAGUGGGGGUUCAAAAGUAUCCGACCACCCUACAUCGAUUUAACGCGGUCGUGACUCGCGUCCUCCCCUUCCCAACUUCCGAACCACCAUAGUUCGAUAUCAUGAAGCUCAAUUUGGCUGAUUUCGUUGCCAGUUUAACCGCCGGUCGUGGGAGGUUACAGGAGCUAUCUCCAGGAGCACGUACAGCUAUUUGCACCCUCGUUGCAGCUGGCCAAAGCGAACGCGCCGUCGCCCAGCUCUUUCGCGUCUCCCGCGAUACUGUCGCCCGUUAUAUUGAGCACUAGAAAAGUCACCAAACCUUCGAAGCCCAGCCUCGUACCGGCCGUCCUCCAGCCCUAACUCGAAG